GGUAAGCCGUCAUCAACCCCAUCGUUUGCCUUCGGACCCCAGCAGCUAACGUCGCCCAGGUAUAUACGACUCGCUUACCGUCUCAUUCUCCCGAACGCCGGGACAGCUGUUCCAGCGGAGGAUUUUAAGUAAGGCAGACACGCUCCUCCUCCUCCUCCUCCUCCUCCAACCUUGGGGGCCGUGCCAAUGUUCCCGACUAACACGCGUGGCGCGUACGCGUAGAUGCUUUCCGGAUCCAGAGCCAACUGAUGUUCAGCGACUCGGAGCUCAACUCGGCCAAGACAACGCUGACGAACCUGUACCACGCGUUUUCCGGCACCGCGACCAAGAUGUGGGCCUACGCCCGCUGCCUGCCGCCAUCGAAGCAGCCGCCGGCCGCGCUAGCCAUCCGGACGAUCUCGGACCUGGUCGCCGUCGCCUACCAGAUGCUCGUGUCCAAGACGCGCAAGGCGCGGCACCCGGGCUACGCUUGCGACAUCAAGAGGCUCGAGAUAUGCUGGCUCGUGUACAACGCCUUCCACGCGGUGCUGGCGCGCAAGCAAUCCAACUACGGCGAAACGCUCGCCUGGCUCGGCGUCCAGAUCGGGAAGCUGAGACUUCGGAAGGACAUCCGUCACGGGCGCGUGGUCCAGCUCGUUGCCGGAGGCUGUAUAUAGCAUGGGAGGGAAGCAGGGUGUUAGCCGGCCAUUUUCGUGUUAUCCAUUGUUGUACACUGUGUCUACCGUCCGAUGCCGGCGGGAUGUAUGG